CUGUGAGGCGUAGUGUGCUGCUCUACUUGCAGCAAACAUACAGAACAGCAGGUGAAUGCCGGCAAAACCUUUUUUAUGCUCUCGAAGGAUCUGCGAAGUCAAGUCCACAUUCUAUAGGUUUGGAACCACCACCGUGAUCCUAGACAGACCUAACAAGUGGACCAUCAGGAUAGCAAGCCAUGUCAACUUUUGUGCCCAAACUCUCCAGUGGUAGCACUGUCAAGAUUCGCUUUAACACCAUUGAGCUGGGCGGCACCAAGUGGAAAGAGGGAACCUUUGAAAUUUUGGAAAAGGAUAACAGAGUUAAUCUCUGUUUAAGGUUCAGCUGUGGUGGCGCUGCCAAAACUUUCCAGCUGAACCAUAAUGUGAAAAGCAUUUCUCAGAAUCCAAAUCGGAUCAUGUUGACUCUGAAGGACAAUGUUGUCAUUUACUUGGAUAAGAUGCCUCAGCCAUUGGUUCAGAGGACAAAGGAGUAUCUGGAAAAACUGAAACAGGGAAAAUCUGUUUUAAAGUCCUCCUAUGGAAGUGCAAACCUAAGCGUACUUGGCAACCGCUCUAUGAAAAAUGAGACCAACGUAUCAGGAGAGAGACAGACAACACCAAGGCGACAGAGUAUAGAGGGCCGGGAAGAUACAACACCAAGAAAGCCUCUGAGCAGCCCUAGCAGGGCAGCUGCCACUCCAACACGCAUUGGACUGCUGGAAAACAGAGGUGAGAAAAGAAAGAGACUCCUCACUUCUGAAAGUGACCUUAAUGAAGACUACCCCAAGGAAAAUGACUCCUCCAGCAACAACAAGGCAACUUCAGAAACACCCAGGAAGUUUCUUCUGAGCUGCAAGGAAAAGCUCAAACUUUCAGAGGAGAACAGGAGCGCAGGCCCUUUGGCUGCAUCUCCGCUUCAGCCAACCUCGUUCUAUGGCAGCAGAUCUGUAACCAAAGACUACAGUCAGAGCCACUCCUUUGUGGACAGGCCUGUCAGUACUUCUCAGACCACCCCAGCCAAGAGGAGUCUCAUUCUCCCUAACCACUCCACUCCCUUUAAGAAGGUGCGACCCUCUCUGGAGUACGGUGGCUGGAACAAACAGAGGCCAUCUGCCUUAGCCCAACCUCAGCCACCCUUGCAAGGAUUUUCUAACCUUGGAAAUACCUGUUACAUGAAUGCCAUACUGCAGUCCCUCUUCAGCCUCCCCUCUUUUUCUAAUGACCUGCUCAAGCAAAGCACCUUUUGGAAGAACUUGCCAAUAAAUGCAUUGCUAAGGCGUUUUGCGCACCUUAUGAUUAAGAAAGAUGUAGGCUGUCCAGAGACUAAAAAGGACUUGUUGAGGAAAGUGAAGAACGCCAUUUCCUCCACGGCUGAGCGUUUCUCUGGAAACAUGCAGAACGAUGCACACGAGUUUCUGAGUCAGUGUCUCGACCAGUUAAAAGAUGACGUGGAGAAAAUCAGCAAGAGCUGGUCAAAUGGUGCAGCGCCGCCCGCUUCAGCAGCAUCCGAACUGGGUCAGGAAUCGACGGCAGUCAAGGCAGAGCCCGCAGAAGAAGCUGACACCUCACACAUCUUCACUUGCCCGGUUGUGGCCAACAUGGAAUUUGAGGUGCAGCACACAAUCACAUGCAAAGGCUGCGGCGAGGUGGUAACCAAACGCGAACAAUUCAAUGACUUAUCCAUCGACCUGCCACGCCGAAAGAAGACCAUCCCACUUCGCUCUAUUCAAGACUCGCUGGAUCUCUUUUUUAGGAUGGAGGAAAUUGAAUAUUCGUGUGAAAAGUGCAAUGGGAAAGCAGCAACUGUGGCACAUAAAUUCAGCAAAUUACCCAGGGUGCUCAUCCUACACCUGAAACGGUACAGUUUUAACGCCCAGCUGUCCCUGAACAGCAAACUGGGCCAGCAAGUGGUGAUCCCGCGAUACCUGACCCUACUGUCCCAUUGCACUGAAUCCACAAGACCUCCUGUCAGUCUUGGCUGGAGCUUCCCAGCUUCUGUGUCCAGAACAGUCAAGACGUCAUCGCUGGUUAACUCUUCUACAGCACCUCAUCGAAGAUUUGGAGGAAAAGCUGCCUUUUCCAAUAGCUCCUGUGUUCUCUUGGACUCUGACUGCGAGGAGGAGCUAAACAGGAAGGUGAGCACAAGCCACAAGCGACGCCUAAGCAGUUGUUUGUCCGAGCAAGACAGUCAUCCAGAAGAGAGGGGGGCAAUGGAAUCGGGAGACUUCAGUGGCAUAAAUGAUGACGAAAUGCUGGCUGCUGUGCUGGAGAUGAGCCGUCAGGAGGCGGGGCUUUCUGCGCCGCCCCCUUUGGAGGAUGAGCCAACAAGCAGCCCAGAUACAGGGUUUGGGGACUCUGAUAUUAAUGACCUGACUUACCAUACAGAUCAGCUUGAAGGGGACACUAAACAGUCUGCAGAUGUGCUGGGCUCCUUGGACAUGACCAUGGAUGAUAACAAGGAGAACCAGACUCCAGAGAGUGUGCAGCAGCAAGGGGAGCUAGACUGGGUGCAGCAGUAUAACCUGGAUCAGGAGCGAGAAGAACAGGAGCUGCAGCAGGCUUUGGCCCAGAGUCUCCAGGAACAUGAAGCCCAGGAGAUGAGAGAAGACGAUGAUCUGAAGAGGGCUACUGAGCUCAGCUUGCAAGAGUUUAACAAUUCUCUUCCUGAGCUGCUGUGUUCAGAUGAAGAUUCUGGAAACGAGGAUGUGCUGGACAUGGAGUACACUGAAGCUGAAGCAGAGAACCUCAAGAGGAACGCUGAGACUGGAGACCUGGCCAACUCUUACAGACUGAUCAGUGUUGUCAGCCACAUCGGCAGCAGCUCCUCCUCUGGACAUUACAUCAGUGACGUCUACGACAUGAAGAAACAGUCAUGGCUGACCUACAACGACCUGGAUGUCUCGCGUACACAGGAAGCAGCGGUCCAGCGAGACCGGGACCGCAGUGGAUACAUCUUUUUCUACAUGCACAAAGAUGUGUUUGAGCAGCUGUCAGAGAUGGAGCGAUCCGGGGCCAGUGGGGCCUCCGAGGCAGUGAGGAAUGUCCUGCAGCCCCUGUGAGCUGGCUUCCAAAGCUGGGUCCUAGUGGAAGAACCCCAACAACCAUCUAUACUACUGAUCCUCCUAUCACUGUCAAGUGUUUUCUUUGUUCCUCUGCUCGCUUUUCAUUCAUCUUGCUUCAGGUGUCCGUUGUAAAGACUCUUUUUAAAGCUAUAAGCCACAGCUGAAGUUUCAGUUCAUCUACGUUCAGCUCUGAUUUUGGGGCCCAAUUUUUCUUUUCUUUCAAGUUUUUUGUUUCUCAACACACUUCUUUAAAUCGACAUAAAAAAAAUCCUUCACCACGUGGUACUGGUGCUGCGUGAAUUGUUUUGAGAUCCUUUAUUUCACAUAUAACCUGAAUAAAGAUAUAUUCUAUGUUGGGAGUAUAAGCUGUUAUCGUUUUAGGCGGUUGCUGUAUUUAGCGAGUACAUUUGGUGCAAUAUUUGUGUUGCGGCACAAACCUGCCGGUUCAGAUUAGCUUUGUUUGGUGCGGAUGGGUCCCCCCCCCCCUGCUUCGUAUGCAUCACUUGCCACCUGAAUUCUGUGUCUGGCUGACUUUUCCAUAUUUAUAAACGUCCAAGCGGAAAUCCACAUUAGUUACUGAGCUUUUCUCAGUUGAUCCCCAAGUUUUGAUUCAACCUUGUGCCUCCUAAGAAAACUUUUAUAAAUAUGUGUACAAGCUUUACUUUGAAAGGUGUACAAGCUUGUUUCUGAAUGUUUGUCAGACUUUAAUGUGCAAAUCAGAUGUUCUUAUAUAUAUAUAAUAUAUAUAGUUGACUGAUUUUCCUUUUUAUCUUUUUGAAUUGCAGAGUAGGGUUUGUCUUCAAUAGACCAAGAUGAGCCACAAGCAAAUACUAGUCAAGAAUAGAACCACCAGGGAAGUUAUUUAUAUUAAAAUGUCAUAUUCACGCCUUUAGGGUCACUAUACAGUAUUUAACACCAAGAACUCCAGGAUUUGGUGUUGAAGUAGUUUCUGUCAGGCAUGUGUGCUUCUAGAAUACAGGAAAGUAUUCUUGUACUGGUUCCAGUACUAAGCAGCCGCUGUAUUACUUAUUUUGACAACGUAUACAUAAAAUGUCAAAUGUCGCAAUUUCAACAGCAUUAAUAAUAACCCACUUUCAAAUUUGCACAACUAACUGAGUUUGAAACCAGUUUGGAGUGAAUGUGGCUUAUGAUCCAGUCCUGUAUGUCAUUGAGGAAUCGUACACCAUUAUUAGCUGACUUUGUGGAAGUACGUAAUGCUAAUAAUGAGGACCUGUUGAGUAUAUAAAUGGCUAGUGACCAAUUUCCCCUCCUCCCUUAGCGCCGAUCUCCAUUUCUGUCACCUGAACAUCCUGUCGUCAAUGCGAUGUAGAGAGGGAAGCUAAAAUGUAUUUGUGAAGUCACUAUGAAAUGCUUUUUCUACCCUUCAUACACAACUGACUUCUUUAAGCAGAUUUUUAAUAAAAUAUUGACAAAACA